CACAAUGCCACCUAGGAGCGCUCAGCCAAUGGCGUCUUCCCAGCUCUGGCUUCCUCGGUGAAGGAGAGGCGGGGGCUCCGAACGCAGGAAGGGAAGUCAGUGGCGCAGCGGAGGGCGGGAGCCAUGGUUUACAUCUCGAAUGGACAAGUAUUGGAUAGCCGGAGCCGGGCUCCAUGGAGUUUAUCAUCUAUAACUGACUUCUUUUGGGGAAUAGCAGACUUUGUAGUUAUGUUUUUCCAGAGCAUUGUUCACCCGGACCUGAGGAGAGGCUACUCAUCUUCAUCCUCUUCAAGAUAUGAUGAUGGAAGAGGACCUCCAAGAUUUCCUCAUCGUAGAAUGGGUCGAAUAAGUCAUUUUGGUGGAGGUCCAAGUCCCCCACCAAUGGCUGGAGGUGGAUGAGGAAGGUAA